AUGACUGUCGAGUAUCCAAAGAGAGUCCGAUGUGUGUUUUAUGGCUUCGGAAAAGGUGUCGCGUGCCUUCGGGAGACGCUGGGACUAGAGCUCGCGGGGGCCGAAAUCGCGCACGGUGCCUUCGGAGUUUCGUCGCGUCGGACGGAGGGUCCCGUCGCGAUGGAGGCUAGCAAUGAGAAGGUGCUGGCGCUCGCGCUGGUCAGGGAGGUUUGGAUUGUCUAUCAGAAAUUCUAA